AUGUCCGACUUCGCAACCCAGCGCACAGUAACAAACAUCAUCGCGGACGUGGUGCAAGUCCCCAAGAACCGAGUCCACCCUGGCCUCGCAUUCGGCAGCGCACACCUCAACCCAACAGACGACCAGCUUGACGAGAUCCGGCGGCGUCUGAUUGAUGUAAGGAGCUUACUUCUCUGUGUCCGUCCUCCUGCCAUGACGACAAUGUCCUAA